CUGGCUGCCUGCCCGCCCUGCCCUGCGAGGAGGGGCCGGGAGCCACCACACACGCAUUAGCUCCCUCCGCAGCAGGACCCGGGCAGGUUAAUCCUCAGAGGUGAAUCUUGAAAGGCCGAUCAGCUGCCUGACCCUACCCGGACCCCCGCCUGGCACCAGGCAGUGACUUCCCAGGGUGACUCCUAAGGCGGAAGAUGGCUGCCCCAGUGCAGGUGCAGACGGGGCCGCUGCUGCUGGGUCUGCUGCUCCUGGUUCAAGGUGCCCAGGCUGGGGGCUUCCGGGAGGACUUCCGCUUCUGCGGCCAGAGGAACCAGACGCAGAAGAGCAGCCUCCGUUAUGAGCGGUGGACACAGCUGCGCAUCUCCAUCGAGAACUCGGAGGAGGCCCUCACAGUCCACGCCCCCUUCCCUGGAGUCCCCGGGGCUUCCCACUUCUUCCCCGACCCCAGGGGCCUCUACCAUUUCUGCCUCUCCUGGAACCGCCACGCUGGGGAAUUGCACCUGCUCUACGGCAAGAACGACUUCCUGCUGAGUGACCAAGCCUCCGGCCUCCUGUGCUUCCAGGGCCAGGAGCCAAUCCUGGCCCAGGGCCCCCGGAUGCUCGCCACCUCUGUCAGCUCCUGGUGGAGGCCUCAGAACACCAGCCUGCCCAGCGCUGCCGGCUUCACCUUCUCCUUCCACGGUAAGCCAGGCAGGAACAGCUUGUGCAAAGGCCCUGAGGCAGGGAAGGCAGAAGAACGCAAAGCAGGCUGGGAAACGGACAGGUGUGUGCGUGGGAGGGGGUGGAGGGGGCGGAGGGGGCGUGGGGUUUGCCUCUGGCUGACCCUAAGGACACUCUGUCUGCAGGAGGGGCCGGGGGAGAUCCUGGAGUACUCGGUGCUGCUGCCCCGCGCGCUCUUCCAGAAGACCAAAGGCCGGAGGGGGGAGGCUGCCCAGAGACUCCUCCUGGUGGACUUCAGCAGCCAAGCCCUGUUCCAGGACAAGAAUUCCAGCCAAGUCUUGGGGGAGAAGGUCUUGGGUAUUGUUGUGCCGAACACCAAGGUCGCCAACCUCUCGGAGCCCGUGGUGCUCACCUUCCAGCACCAGCCACAGCCGAAGAACGUGACGCUACAAUGUGUAUUCUGGGUUGAAGGCUCGGCAUUGACCGGCCCAGGGAGCUGGAGCAGCGCCGGGUGCAAGACCAUCAGCAGAGAGAUGCAGACGUCCUGCCACUGCGACCACCUGACCUACUUCGCAGUUCUGAUGGUGGCCUCCGUGGAGGUGGACGCCGUGCACAAGCACUACCUGACCCUCCUGUCCUACGUGGGCUGUGUCAUCUCCGCCCUGGCCUGCGUUCUCACCAUCGCCGCCUACCUCUUCUCCAGGAGGAAGUCUCGGGAUUACACCAUCAAGGUGCACAUGAACCUGCUGCUGGCCGUCUUCCUACUGGAUGUGAGCUUCCUGCUCAGCGAGCCGGUGGCCCUGACAGGCUCCGAGGCUGGCUGCCGCGCCAGCGCCAUCUUCCUACACUUCUCCCUGCUCGCCUGCCUCUCCUGGAUGGGCCUGGAGGGCUACAACCUCUACCGACUGGUGGUGGAGGUCUUCGGCGCCUACGUCCCUGGCUACCUGCUCAAGCUGAGCGUCGUGGGCUGGGGCUUCCCCGCCUUCCUGGUGACCUUGGUGGCACUGGUGGACAUUAACAACUACGGCUCCAUCAUCCUGUCUGUGCAAAGGACCCCGGAGAGUGUCAUCUAUCCUUCCAUGUGCUGGAUCCGGGACUCCCUGGUCAGCCACAUCACCAACCUGGGCCUCUUCAGCCUGGUGUUUCUGUUCAACGCGGCCAUGAUGGCCACGAUGGUGGUGCAGAUCCUGCGGCUGCACCCGCACACCCAGAAGUGGCCCCACGUGCUGACGCUGCUGGGCCUCAGCCUGGUCCUCGGCCUGCCCUGGGCCCUGGUCUUCUUCUCCUUUGCUUCCGGCACCUUCCAGCUUGUUGUCCUCUACUUCUUCAGCAUCAUGACCUCCUUCCAAGGCUUCCUCAUCUUCCUCUGGUACUGGUCCAUGCGGCUGCAGGCCCAGGGCGGGCCCUCCCCUCUGAAGAGCAGCUCGGACAGCACCAGGCUCCCCAUCACCUCGGGCAGCACCUCGUCCAGCUGCAUCUAGGUCGCCAGCCCGCCACCCGGUGUGAGGGAGCGGCGAUGCGGCCUCGCACCACUGCCCGCGCCCCUGCCGCCGGCCCCCGGACCUCAGAGGGCUGGAGCUGUCGCAUGGCGGCCGGACUCCCAGGCUGGGCCUUCUGAAUUGGCCCUCGGACCACCGGGCUCUUGGCCUCACUCUCAAGGGGCUCAGGAGUGGGACCAUCCUCCUGGCAGCCCUCGCCUGGGGCUGAACUCGCCCGCCCUGGGCUCAGCCCUCGUGGCUGGGGGUCGGGAACCGCAGGCCCCGGAGUCAGAUGGUGGACCUUGGAGGCCUGGCAGAGGCUUUGGCCUCGUGUCUCUGCCCAGGACAGAAGUGGGCCGUGGCUAUCCUGUUUCUGGCGACCACCAGGGGGGUACUCUGCAGCCCCUGUCAUUUUAACCCAAGGGUGGCACCCAGGGUGAAAGGGAUUGGGGCCGAGCUUCAGACCUCAGCAGGAGGAGACUCCUACCCCCACCCCUACCAGCAGCAGCUGCCCUGCGGCUGAGCUCAGGGCUUUGUGCUCUGUCAGCUUCCCAACCCACCCUCGCCCCUCCCCUGUCCUCCACGCACAGCCCGGGGUCCCCAAUUCUAAUGGUGUGUUUUGGGCCGUGGUUCCCCAGAGCUGCCCUGUGCCUGCUGUAAACCUUUACCUACUGCACGGGCCUUUGCGGGCCCCUGACUCAGGCUUAGGAUAGGUGUUCUGGGCUAGUUCCGUUUGUCCACCUGGGCCUCUCUAUAAGCUGCAUCACCCUCGUUCACUGCCAAGCCCAUACCUCUCGGGGGACCUCAGGCUCCCCAAGGCCCGCUGGUGGUAGGAACCAUGGCCCAUGGUGGAGUAAGUCUGUUUCCACCCCAGCACUCUGCAGACCGAGGCGUAUCUCAGCUGGUGACACUGGCCUAGAGCCCAUCGCAGUUCACUCUGCUGGACACAGAGGGUCAGACCUGGUCACCCCCACCCCCCUGUGACCUCUUAGCCUAGUGUGUGAGGCGCGCAUGAGACCAGAGCUCCUGAAGCUACAGGCAUGGAGUCAGGGGAGCCAUCCGCCUGGCGGGAAAUCCAGGAAGACUUCCUGCAGGAGGCAGCAUUGGAUCUGCAUCUCAGCCUUACAGAUGGGGAGGAUUUUCUUUGUAGUUACUAAUUCAUUUGUCUUUGAUAUUAAAAAGGAAGUGAUAUUCAUUGUAGAGAAUUUGGAAAGCGUAGAAGAGUGUAAAGAAAAUAAAAGUCUGCUGUUGUCGUCACCUAACAAAUUGA